AUGGAGUCACUGUUAGGAUUCCAAGACGAAAUGAUAGCCGUUGUUGGGAAUGAUCAGGAGAUAUCAACAUUAUCUUCUUCAUCAUACGGCUACAAAUUGAUCCCGUGGUUAAACUGGAACGAAUGGGAAUGUGUUAGAGAUUCUCUCUUUUCCGACUCUCCAGAGAAGAUUCAUUACGCUAUUGAUAGAAUAUCAACAUGGAGAAGCAGAGGAUGUUUACCGGUUGUGAUUGAUGUCACUGCUUCGAUCAUUGAAGUUCAACAGAAGGAUCCUUUGUACAGAAAAGACUUGCCUGAUGAUGCUAUACAUUCAGAGCAAAUGUUGGCAAUGCUAUAUUGUAUGGCUAUCUUGAGGCUUGUAAACUGUGUUGUUGAGAAGACAAGGAAGAAAGCAGAGGUUUCGAUUGCUGAGGCAGCUGGUGCAAUAGGUAUUCCACGCACGCUGAUUGACGUUCGUCAUGAGGGUUCUCACCGUGAUCUUCCUGCUCUUGCACUUGUUCGGGAUUCUGCUGUUAAGGCAAUUGAUUGGUUGAAAUCUUAUUAUUGGGAGCCUCAGACAAAGCAGAUUCCAUUCCAGAGAGAUGGAACUGCUAGCAUCAGAAAAGAAAUCAAAUCUAAACUCCGUGAAUUAGCUUUCUGCUUGAAAGUUAAGAAGAGCCCCCAAUCUGGUUCUUCAUCAAUCAAAGCAAAACGUGGCAAACAUCGUGAACAGCUUUGUGGCCGUAAUAUGUUUUUCACACUUGUGUCGAGCACGCUCACUUCAUCCAAAUCUGGGGGUGAGAUAAUAUGCUCCAAUUAUAUUUAA